UUUUUUUUUUUUUUUGCUGGUAAUUUUGUGAAUAUCCAUAAAUAUCCACAAUGCCUAGGAGUCCGUCGACAGGAAGAGCAGGAAAUUUUCCUCCGAAGUCAGAUACCAAUAGAGGUCAUCGUCUUUAUCAGCACACAAACAAUCUCUACGUCGCGAUGGACGAAGACCAACUCGACGUGAUCAACGGUGACGAUGAAGGUCAGAAUGGCCACGGUAGCGUCAACGGCGUAGGACGGAGGAGGAAGGAUUUGGAUGUCGACGACAAUGGAGUAACACAUCGCGUGGUCAUCGACCGCGGUUGUUAUUCGAUGUCGGAAUUUCAUGACCAACAUGGAUACCAACGGAAGGAUAAAGUGAGCCCGAGGGAAUUCGUACAGCGUAAGCUAAAACGAUGUCGGUGUGGAGUAGACCAGUUUCUAGGUCUAAUCGUCUACAUCUUCCCUGCAUUUGACUGGCUUCGUCAGUAUAACCUAAGGAACAAUGCAGUCGGAGAUUUGAUGGCAGGUAUCACAGUGGGCAUUGUCAACAUACCACAGAGUAUGGCGUUUGCCCUGUUGGCUGUCUUACAUCCGGUGUAUGGUCUGUAUACAGCAUUCUUUGCACCUCUAGCCUUCUUCUUCAUGGGCUCAUCCAGACAUACGUCAGUAGGUACGUUUGGUGUCAUCAGUAUUCUUUGUGGCGAUGCCAUCGAGAAGAUACUAGCUGAAAGGUAUCCACCCACUGAUCUUCCAUCAACAAUCGAACCAAUCACAACCAUAUCACCAUCCUCCCCCUAUCCCACCACUCCCACAUCUAUGAUCAAUGCUACUACGCCUGCGCCGUGUGGACCAAUCUGUGACGAGAGAAUUCAGCUUCAUACCACACUGUGUCUUAUGGUCGGUUUGAUACAGAUAUUCAUGGCUAUAUGUCGUCUUGGUUUCGUCACCACGUACCUCGCUCAGCCACUCGUUCGGGCAUUCACCACGGGAGCAGCAUGUCACGUGAUCACAAGUCAGGUGGCGCCAUUAUUUGGUCUGGUUCUCCCUCGUUAUGCUGGUCCCUUGAGUCUUAUCUAUACUUGGCGUGAUAUCUUUAUCAACAUUCCUAAGACGAACGUGGCAACUCUUCUUUUCGGAGUGCUCACUUUUCUGAUUCUAGCCCCCGGCAAGUACCUGUCUGAGAGGUAUAAAAAGCAGCUUAAAAUACCAAUUCCCUGGGAGCUCUUUGUCGUGAUCAUCACAAUUCUCAUAUCCUACCUCGUAAAUGUCGGGGACAAAUAUGGCGUUGACAUUAUUGGAGAUGUCCCUACGGGAUUCCCUAAGCCUACAGUCCCAUCUCUGCCAUCGGGAGUGAGAGUCAGUGAUCUAAUAGGAGAUGCCAUCUCCAUAGCAAUCGUGGGAUUUGCAGUGUCCGUCUCCCUCGCCAAAAUAUUCGCUAGCAAGAACGACUACGAAAUUGAUGCGAAUCAAGAACUGCUUGGUUACGGUGCGUCGAAUGCCACGUCGUCCUUUUUUCUGUGCUUCGUGUCCGCCUCAGCUCUGGCGAGGGUAGCUCUCAUAGAUGGCGCAGGAGGAAAAACACAGGUUUCUAUGUUGAUUUCAUCCAUCAUCCUCAUGUUUGUUCUUCUCUUCAUCGGACCCCUCUUUGAACCGUUACCAAAGUCUGUACUGGCUGCAAUCAUCAUUUACGCAUUACGAAGAAUCGCUUUCCAGAUCACAGAGAUUCGAGGGUUGUUCAAGACAUCCAAAGUGGACUGUUCGAUCUUUGUUGUGACGUUCUUGUCGGUGUUCAUUCUCGGUGUGGAUCUUGGUCUCGGUGUCGGAGUCGUCUACGGUCUCUUCACCGUGAUCGCAAGGACUCAGCUUCCCAACUAUAGCGAGCAAGGGCAUCUGGUCGACACCGAGCUCUAUCGCGAUGUCAAAACGUACAAAUCGGUAAAAGUCAAACCGGGGAUGGUGAUUUUUAAGAUGCAAACAUCGCUGUAUUAUGCCAACGCCCAGCAGUUUAGACAGCGGGUCUUACGAGCCACUGGAAUCAACCCUGUAAUACGGUUGGCUGAAAUUCGUAAGGCACAGGCUGCUAUGGAAAAGAACACCGAUGAGAAAAUGGAAUCUAGUAUGGCGAUGAAGGAGAUGGAUCUUUCUAAGGAUGAACUCCACUCCAUCCUCAUUGACUGCAGUCACUUUGGAUUCAUCGAUAUCACUGGCGUCAAUACUUUACUUGCUCUCGUCAGGGACUACGGCAGGAUUGGCGUAGAAACGGUCUUCUGCUCAUGCGCAGAUUCUGUAAUGCAGUCGAUCAAGGUGAUUGGUGCUCUUAAUGAAGAGUGUGAUAUCUUCUACCCGUCCAUUCACGACGCCGUCCUGUCAUUACCAAGAAAACAAGCUCUCGAAGCAGAUGAAAAUACCACCGACAACAAGGACUACGAAAAUUCAAGAAACGAGGCAACAAGACUCUAAACUCACAUACUUGCUGAAUUCAGAAAUCAUAAUUUAAUGAAAAAGUCUGGGUGACCACUAUAAAAGAAAUCAAGUAUUUAGGCCUACUUAUCCAUUCCGCUCUCUUCCUUGAUGAAAGAGAGAUAUUCAAUAGACGCAGUGUAAAAAUGUGCAAAAGGUCUUAAUCAAAAUAAUGUUUAAAUUAAGAGAGUGAAUCGAUUAUAAUAUCGGGCAAGUCCAAGGUAAUUGGUAACUUUGUGUCGUUACUAAGUAAUGUGGCAUGAUGAUCAUAAAUUGAUGUAGAAAAAGUAUCAUAUUACUUGUGGUUCGGUCCCAUCCAAGCUCUCGUAAGACUAGCAAAUACAUUUAAUCAUCGGAUAGAUUAGAAGGUCAAGUUUCAUUUUAUUUUUUGCGACUGUUCAUACUGAAUCUGCUGUAGUAGCCUCAGUUAAACAUGAACAGUUGUAAGCUGAGGUAUGGAAUCAUUUUCUCUCUGAAAUAAAUCGGCUCAAAAGAGUUUGAAACUACCCCAAACAACUCAUCGUUUGACAUUGCUAGCUCACUGAGACAUCAAGUCUAAAGAUUAGAAAUCUUCGAAGAAAUCGAAGAAUUCGUAUUCAAGAGUAACUAUCUUUAAAAAAAAAAGUGGAUUCAAUUUAAUUAGCAUUCGUGUAAGUUUAAUGUAUUUAGCUGAUAGCAAUCAUACAUAAAUUGUUGUUAGUGGGGAUAGCAACUAUGAGGAAAUCACACUUUUAUAUUAGUAAAAAAAUUAUAAUCGCGUAUAUACUUCGUAGAGGGAUUAUUGCUUCUUAUCUAGGUUUUCAACUGUUUCUUCGAAAAGUGUUCAUGAUUUUUUGCUUAUUUAAUUCAAGAGCUUUUAGUGGUCUCUAUAUUAGCAUGCUUUAUGUACCUGUUGUGCUUUAUUCAAAAUUGAUAGUGAGAUAUGUAAUCGUGUGAAAAUGGCUGCUUCGUAAGUUCUUAGACUACUCAGACUUCAUGUCCUUCAUGUUGAUUGCAAAAUACAACAAUUUUCAAACCAGGAAAUUUUGGUGAGAAAUGGAAAUAGUAGUCAAUCUACCUUCUUUCAUUUUUUCCUUCUUCAUUCGUUUUCAAACAACUACGUAUAUUCAAAUAAUUUGCUUCCAUUACUUUUAAAGGUUUGUUUACAAUGAUGUCUUAGCAACCAUUGCUGGUUUUGUUUACAGUGCAAAAAAUGAUAUCAAAUGCACUUGGAAAAUUCAUUAAUUAUCCAUAGGUAAAUAUUUAGGAAAAAUGGUUUACGGAGAAAUGUAUUAUGUAUAUUCAGAGGUUUAUACAUUAUUACCAAUUAUCAAAAAAAUUGUUAUAAUCUAUAUGAAAUAGAUGUUAUAUAUAAUCGUUAUAUAUACACAGAGAGGGAAGAAAAGAGAGAGAGAGGGAAGGAAAGAGAGAGAGAGAGAGAGAGAGAGAGAGAAGGGCGACAAGUUGGUGAUAAUAGCGGUGACUUUCGAAGAAGGGUAUAUAUGAACCAUUGCCCUAGAUAAUGCAUUAAAAUGCAACUACAUAGUCUGGAAAUUGUUAAUAUCCAGGCUGCCUGUUUUACAAAAACGGUCAAUAUUGUUUCCAGUUAAACAUUCCAAGCAUGAUAAUUUAUUGAUAAUAUGGCAUUGUAUAGUCUAUUAAUGAAAUUAUUCACAUAUUGGUGAUGCAUUUUAUCGGUGCUUAUUGUAAAUACUUUGCAGGGUAGUGGCUUAGAACACAGUUAUGCUAGAAAUAUUCGUAUCUUAUGUAUUAUCCAUGCGGAUUUAGCCUUGAUUCUUUUAAUAAUUAGCUGAUGUUAGUUUCUGUUUUCCAAUGCAUGAUAUUAAUAUUUGACCGAAAGGAAAUAUCCAAGGUUACUGAAUCAAUUGCCGUUUGAUUUAAAAAAAAAAAGGAAUAUGAUAACCCAUCGAUAGCUCGACCUGCAAAUUUAUUUUAAGAAUAUUUACUACAUUCAUGAAAAAAUUAAUUGAGAUGUAAUUGCAUAUAUGUAUUUUUAUUUCACUUCUGAGAAACAUAAAAUUCGAUUUUGAAAAAGACGUAUUAAUGAUUGUAAUGCAAACUUCCCGAUAUACAAAACUUCAUCUUGAUGUAGUUCCCGUAUAAAAUUUAUGGUGCUCUUGCUCACAAGUUAGUAAAGAUUUAAAAAAUAUUUUUCAUAUAAAAACCUUUCUGAAAUAAAAACGCAUAUAUGCUUAUUCAAAA